CACAUCGGAGAUUACUGGAGAUUUUGAAUUCUCAGCAGCAUUUUGUCUUUCGGAGCGAAAUCUCAAGAACAAGAAUCACCGCUUUUAGGAUAUGCCGGUUGAGGCUUGACGUAGCUAGCUACAGAUAUUGAAGCAGUAUGAGCUGGGUAGUGGAGGAGUGGAAAGAUGGUCUUUCAGGUAAAGCCCUGCAGAAGAUACAAGAGAUUGAGGGACAGCUGGACAAACUGAAGAAGGAGAGGAAUCAGAAACAAUUCCAGCUCGACUCACUGGAGGCUGCUCUACAAAAACAGAAACAAAAGGUUGACAGUGAGAAGAGCGAGGCGUCUGCCAUUAAGAGGGAGAACCAGGCCUUAGUAGAGUCAUGUGACGCCGUGGAGAAGGCCCGUCAGAAGGCGACCCACGACCUGGGGGUCAAAGUGCAACAGGUCAGCAACCUGGAGGGUCAGCUCAGCACCAGCAAGAAGACCAUAGAACGACUGGAGCAGGAACUCAAGAAAUAUAAGAAUGAAAAGGACCGUUCUCAGCCCUCCCACUCCUCUGAUCUACAGUCCUACAGCACUCCUCAGAAGACCUUUGCCACUCCUGCUGCUACUCCCAGCUACAGACAGCAUGACUCCAGGCUGGAGGACCUUCAGGAGAGAUACAACCAGGAGGUGGAAGAGAGGAAGAGACUGGAAGCCGAACUGAAAAUCACACAGGUCAAACUGUUGAACCAGUCGUCCGUCAGUCAUAAGGACAUUGCCACCCGGCAACAAGCAGGCUCCUCCAUAUUCCCAUGGCAACAGCAAGACAAGGGCCGCCAGUCCCAGGGCACCAUUGAAACGCCCCUGGCUAGGCGGGCAGGGGGCGGGACAUCUGCUGGCGGCUUCAUGUGGAACACGGAGGAUACACCAAUCAAAUCCACCCAGCGAAUCAGCACAUCUGUAUCCCAGUUUGAUUCUGAUGGCUCCUCCCAGCAGAUGGAACAGCUGAGGAUGCUGAAUCAAGAGCUGAAGAGUAAAGUGUCUGAGCUGGAGCAGCAUCUGCAGUCACAGGAGAAGGACGCGAGGAUGCAGAGCGGCAGGCUCCAGGAGCUCCAAGGCCAGCUGGACCAGGCUAGGAGAGACCUGACAGACAGAGACAAGACCCUGGGCAAGAGCAGAGAUGAACUAAGCAAGGCUACCACUCAGCACGAACAAGCUGUCGCCAAGUGUGUGUCAAUGGAGCAGAAAUUGAAACAGGUCUCUGAAGAGAUGUCCUGCCAGAGGCACAACGCUGAGAGCUGCAGACGAGCUCUGGAACAGAAGGUCAAGGACCAGGAGAAGGAGAGCCAGAAGGAGCUGUCCCACCUCCAGAGCAGCCACCACUCCCUAGAGCAGCAGUUUAACCAGACCAAGACCAAGCUGAACCAGGAGAUACAGCAAGCCAAGAAAGACCACAACAUCCUGCAGGCUGAGAUGGACAAGGUGUCAUGCCAGAGGAGCCAGCUGGAGAGAGACCAGGAGGAGCAGAAACAGAAGCUGCUGAGGUCAGAACAGAGCCAACAGGCCAGCCAAAACAAGGAGCAGGACCUCAGGAAGAAAUUUGAGGAGCUGCAGAGAGAGAAGAACACUGUGAGCGCCCAGCUGGACCAGGGUAGCAAGAGGCUCUCUCAGCUGGAGGAGGAGAGGAAGAGCGCCGAGCAGAACCUCAAACGCACCCAGAGCAUGCUGGAUGACUUCAGAGCCAAAAAUGAAGCCCAGUCCGAAGAGCUGAAAGGACUUGUCACUAAACUGGAAAGCCAGACCAGAUCGUCAGCCCAAGAUCUAGAGAACCUAAAGAAAACGCUCACAGACGCAGAGACCAAGAAUGACAAGACUCAGAGUGAACUGAAUACCCAAAAACAGGAAGUGGAACAGAUCACAAACAAACACAGCGCUCUGGAGAAGGAGAUCCAGGAACUGAAGACAACCCUGACCACCACUCGGGGUGAGUUUGUGCAGCUGAAGAAAGAGAACGAGACACUUCAGGGAUGGAAAACGGAGAAGGAGACGCUCGUUAACGAGACUGAGGCUGUGCAGCAAGGCUUAGUCGACAAAAUCACUGAGCUGGAGAAGAGUCUGGGCUCGUUGAAUGACGAUAAAAUAGGUCUACAGGAGCAGCUGAAGACUCUGGAGGCUGAGAAGGCUUGUCUAUCAGGGCAGAUCGACUCCCUGAAAGGAGAACUCCUCAACAAGUGUACCGACCUGGAGGAGAAGGGCCGCAUGUACGAAGAGCUCCAGAAACAGCUGGAGGAGUCUGACCAGAAACACUUAAAAAACCUGGAAAAUGUUGGGUUGCAGAUGACCCAGCUUGAGGGACAAGUGAAGGAUCUGGGGUCCAGGCUGCAGGUGGAGACUGGCAGGGCGGAGCGGGCCGAAAUGUUUCACACUGAGCUCCAGGAGCAGUACCAGGCGGCCUGCGACCUGGCCCGGUCCAAAGAUGCUCUGGUGGAGUUAGGCCAGAGCGAUGUAGCCCAGCUCAGGGAGAGUCUGGCUCAGACCAUAGCCCUACAGGAGGAACAACUGGCCAGAUUUACCCAGGAGAAGACCUCCCUCCUGAAGGAGUGUGAGGAAAGCUUAGCAUCGAAGGCAGACGAGGUUGAGCACGCCCAGCUGAGUCUGGUUAAGAUUCAGCAGGAGCUGCCGUUCCUCCAGGACCAGGUGUCUUCACUGGAGUCCAACCUGAAGAUCCAGAAAAGUUUGUGUGUUAAACUACAGGCCAAGUAUGACAACAUUGUCAAUACUAAAGAGGAUCUUGUGGAGAAGCUUUCCGAGGCAGAAAAGAGAGGGGAAAGUCUUCAGGGUGAAGUCAAUAGCCUCUCAGAGCAGGCGAAGACUGUUGGCUCUCUACAGGAGCGCUGUGAUACUCUGACGGCUGCGGCACAGGAGACCAUAAGCGCUCUGCAGAACAUGACCGAGACCCUGACCCAGACUGAAUCAGAGCUGCACAUACUGAGAGACGUGGUUGAAAAACUAGAGGCUCAGGUGAACGAAGCUGAGACCAAGGCCUCAGAUCUUGAGAGGGAAAAGGCAGAGAUGGUAGAGAAAAUCCAGAGGGAAGCUGAAGAGGUUUCUGUGAAGUAUCAAAGCCUUCAGGACUCACAGGAAGAGGAGAGGAAUGGUUUGCUGAAGCAGAUCUCUACAUUGAAGGACAUACUCACUGAGAAUAAUGCUGCUUCCGCCCAGCUGUCUUCUGACCUGAAUAACUCCCUGGAAGCUCUGCAGAAGACUCACUCGGCUGCCGUGGAGCUCAACUCCAACCUGGAGAGCAGCCUAGUGGAGAAAACAAACCUAAUCUCUUCUCAGGAGAUGCAAGUCAAAGAGCUCUCAGAGAGACUCCAUAAGGAAGCCGAGAUCCAUGUCACAGAGCUGGAGACUUACCUCCAGAAACAAAGAGGCCUGAAAAAGCAGCUUGAGAUUAUAAAGAGCCAGCUGGAGAGUAAAAGCCAGGAGGGAGCCGAGGCUAAGGAGAAGUGGGAGAGGGCCUCACUAGAGCUGUCUAAGCUGAGAGAAGAUUUGUCUUCUGCCAGAAACAGUGUCGAUGAGAAAGACCGUAAGAUCAAGAGUCUGAAAGAGAGGUUGAACCAGGCUGAGUCUGAACAAGACAAAGCUACCGACGCCCUGAAAGAGAAGGUCAUCAGCAUGAACAAGAUCAAGGUCCAGCUGGAAAUGCUUCAGAUGGACCUGGAGGACAACGAGGCCUGCAUGAACACCUUUGACACCCAGAUAGAGGAGCUUAAAGGAACUGUGGAGGAACUCAGAGGAACCGUGGCCUCUCUGAACGGGAGACUGGAGGAGAGCGUGACGCAAAGGUCCACAUUGGAGACCGAGCUGGGCUCUGUCAAAGAGCAGCUGUCAGAGAAGAGCUGUGAAGUCACCCAGGUGACAGCAACUCUUGAAGACACUCGCCAGCAGAUGCAGGCUGCCUUGUCCACAGCAGGUUUAGUGGAAUCACUCCAGACCACUGUUGAUGGGCUGAUGGAGACCCUGGAGGAGGAGGUUAGUAAACACAGCCAACUGGAGAUGGACAUCAUUCAGCUCACUGUGGAGAAGGAGCAGUUGACCGUGGAGAAGGAGCAGUUGACCGUGGAGAAGGAGCAGUUGGCCGUGGAGAAGGAGCAGUUGUUGGCCGUGGAGAAGGAGCAGUUGGCCGUGGAGAAGGAGCAGUUGACCGUGGAGAAGGAGCAGUUGACUGUGGAGAAGGAGCAGUUGACUGUGGAGAAGGAGCAGUUGACUGUGCAGAAGACAGUUGACCGUGAGGCUGACAGUUGCGUGGAGAAGAGGCCGUGGAGAAGGACAGUUCUGGAGAAGGAGAAUGCUGGGGAUGAUGCUGGGGAUGAGAGAGACGCGGUCAAACGGGAGAACGAGUGUCUCCAGCGUACGCUACAGAGCCUGGCGGAGAACUACGAGGCUGUUCAGUCUGCGUUUGAGAGAGCGACCCGGCAGAGCGAGGACGAAACCAGAGAGAGGAUCGGAACGUUUGAGAGGGAACAAACCGAGCUCCAGCAGAGACUGAGGGGACUGCAGGGUGAACUAGCCCUGUUCAAGGAGCACUAUGACAGCCUGAUGACUCAGGCAAGCCAGCAGCAGUCUCUCAUAGAGCAGCUUCAGACCAAGAGAGACCAGAAGGUCUCUGCAGGAGAGGCGGACGGACCGACUUCCAGACAGACGUCAGGCUCCUUCUUCAACGUCAGCUUCCCCUUAAAAGAAGAUGCCGUGGAGAUGAAACCCACAGCUGAGCAAUCAGAUGACCUCCACAACUCUGAGGUACCUCAACAGACAGGAAGUGACGGCAACAAUGAGCCAGCUGGAGAGUUCAGUGACUGCAUGGAUAAAGUCCCUGUAGAGCAGCAGAAAGCGCUCAGUAAAAGCCUAGAUGAUGAUGAUGAAGUGACCCGCGGCGGUGAACAUCCAGCAGUCUCUGAAGCUCCUCGUGACCAGGACCAGUUGGCCCAGAGCAGGGAGGCGGUCAGAAAGCUAGAGGAGGAGCUACAGACCCUCCACUCCCAGCUUGACCUCGCUACCUCUGAGAUGACCCUCAGGAAGGAGCUGUGCUCUGAGCUGGAGGUCAAAGUUGAAGAGUUAGAGGUGAAGGUCCAACAGAUGGAGAAAGAGAUGUGUGGUGCCGCGGAGAAGAUUAGCGCUGCCGUAGUGGAGAGACGGACACUAGGUGACCAGAUCUCAGAGUUGACAGAGGAGGCAGAGUCCCUGAGACUGGCGCUGCAGACCUCUAAAUGUCAGCUCUCUGAUGUCAUGGAGAUGCUAGAGACGCUGGAGAGGGCCAAAGGUGGUUGGAGCGAGAGGUUCUUCCAGGUGGAAAGUGAACUGAAGAGGGUUCGUUCUGAGAAGGCCAAUCUGGAGAAACACAUCCUCUCCAUGGAGGCUGAUUUGGAGUGCUUGACCGAGCAGAAAGUCACGCUGGAGAGGGAGAUGGAGGCUAGCCGCAAAGCUAAAUGUGACCUGGCCCAGCAGCUGGCCACCCUCACCUCAGAGAACGGACAACUCAGACAAGAGAUAGUGUCCUGCAGCGAGGAUAGGAAUGAGCUGGAACAGUCAGUGGCACAGUGGAGGGAUAAGGCAGAGAGUCUGGAGAAGACAAACGUGGAUACUAGAGAGGUUAUUAAGAUCUUAGAGGAAGAUAUCAGAAAUGGGAAGAGGGAAUCUGAUGUGACGUCUGCUAACCUGGAGAGUCUGCAGAUGGAGAGCGGUCAGCUGGUGCUGCAGUGUCAGGCGCUAGAGAAGACCAUCACCCUGCAGAGCGGGGAGAAGGACAACCUGAUUAACCAACUGAACAGCUUCAAAGAUAACCAGAACAUUGCGAGCAAAAACACUGAGUCCAUGGCCUCUAAGAUCCAGUCUUUGGAAGGGGAGAUAUCUAGACUAGCCCAGUCUCUGGAGUCUUCUCUGCUAGAGAAAGGAGAGAUAGCCUCACGCCUCAACUCAACCCAGGAGGAGGUGGCCCAAAUGAGGUCGGGCAUCGAGAAGCUCCGGGUCCGCAUAGAGUCAGACGAGAGAAAGAAAAAACACAUGAGCGAACUGCUGAAGGCUGCCCAGAGGAAAGCAGAUGCUCUUCAGGACCAGCUAGACAAACAGGAGAGGGAGAGGGAAGACGCUGACCAAAACCUAGAGGAGGCUGUGCUUCAGGCCGAGACGGCCACUGCCCAACUUGAAGAGUUGGAGGAAGAGAAAAAGGAACUGGCCAGUAAGAUUGAGGAGAUGACCGCCGAACUGGACAGCCUGAGAAAUGAGAAGGAGAGGCUUGAGGAAUUGCUCUCUCUGAAGAACGCAGAGAUUGAGGAGAUGAAGGCAGCAAACCGAGCUGCCACUGAGGAACUGGAGAAAGGGAUGAGAGAGGCGGAGGACAAACAGAGGGCAAUGGUGGAAGAGUUACAGGCCCAGCUUGGCUCUGUGAGCUCGGAGCUGCAGAAAUGCAGAGAAGGCCUGGAGGGAGAGAAGGAGAGAAUGCGGUCUCUAACGGAGGAAUGGAAGACUGAGGGGGAGAGGCUGAAGAAAGAGGUGGAUCGACUGCAGGCUUUGGAGAUCGAGCGGGAGAAGGAGAGAGAGAUGCUGACUCUGAGACUGCAGGAGGACCUGGAGGCACAGCAGAGAGAGAUGCAGGACAUCCGAGAGAACAACAACACCCUGCAGCAAGAGAUGGAGAAGCUGCAGGCACUACUGUCGGAGCGGGAGCAGAAAGAACAGGCUCAGUCUGCAGAGAGACUAGAACUACAGCAGCAGUCAGAAAGCUACAAGUUAUCCCUGGAGGAGGUUACCUCUGAGAAAGAGGUGCUGAAGGCACAGCAGGAGGAGGAGGUUGCAGCCCUUAGUGGGGAGCUGACCUCGGAGCAGGAGGUGCUGAGGGGACAGUUGGCUGCAGCGGAGGAGGAGGUCAGAGGUCAUCUGUCAGAGCUGAGCAGUCUGAGAACCAGAAUGGAGGAGCUCAGCACUACCAUCACACAGCAGGACAGCAGCAAACAGGUAUCGGAGCUGAGCUCCAGAGUGGCCCGUCUGUCUAAGGAGAGGGACUCAGCCCUCAGUAAGAUUAACCUGUGGAUGAACUCCUGUAAACAGCUGGAGAAGGAGAGGGAGGCUCUUGUACUGGAGACCCAGAAACUACAGGCCAGCCAGACACCAGCUGGUGAAGAGAGCAGUGAUGAGGUACAGAAGAGGAGCUCUGAGGAGGUGCAAGCUGAACUUAAAGAGUUGAAGAAAGCUCUAGAGGAGAGGAGUGAGGAGGUGCAGGAGCUCAGCAAAACUCUAGCAGAGAGAAGCAGGGAGUUGGAAGCGCAGAAGAGGAGCAGUGAGUCUGAACUGGAGGAGCUUACUGAAGCCUUGGAGGAGAGGAGCAGGGAGGUGGACGAGAGCAUGGAUAAAUACUGCAGCCUGAUGGUCCGUGUCCACAAGCUGGAGGAGACCAACGACAUGCUGGAAACACGCCUGGGGCGCCUUGUCACGCAAACCACUAGCAGCACGGCUAACAACGCUAGCAACACGGCUAACAAUGCUAGCAAUAAAACACCCAGGCGAAAGUCAGGCAGGAGGUCAGCCUCCAGGGCACAGGAAGCACUCAUACCGUUAGUUCCCGCAGAGACCGACUCUGAGAACACUGUGCCUGCUGGUCAGGGUCAGGGGUCGUUGGGGAAGAGGGGUUGUGGUGUUCUAGCAGCUAGUGAAAACAGCAACACUCCAUUUAAAGCCCAGGAGGCCCUGCUGAACACUGCCAAGAGGAUCAAAGCAACAGCAACCACACCCAAACCAGGAAGUAGACAGGAAGAGGAGGAGUUUAGGCCAGAGGGACUUCCUGAGCUGGUGCAGAGAGGGUUUGCUGAUAUCCCUCUAGGAGAGGCCAGUCCCUUCAUCAUGAGGAGAACCGCAGUGCAGCGCUGUAGCCCUCGUCUGGCCGCCGCACGACACACUGCCACCACCCCCUCUGUAACCCCCCAACACAAGGUGCUGGAGCCCCUGUCCCUUCAGAGCCCUGUCGGCAUGGCAACUCUGUCUGACAGCCCUGGUGGGAAAGGCCUGUGUGUUAGUCCCGCCUCCAGUGGCGAGGAGAGGCGUGGCCGUCGGUCCCUGAGCACACGGAAGACUCCGGAACAGAGGGAGAAACGCAAAGAGGCCAUGAUGACAGCAUCACGCCAAGAGGAGAACUGCCAAGUGCAGUAACAUAGCAACUAACUAACCUGUACAAAGCCAGUAACACCCCAGCCCAAACCAAUGUGAUGACAGAAUACUGGUGUCAGAAUGUCUGUAAACUGCAUUACCAAUGUAAUCUGUCUGCUGUCUGUGGUACAGGUGAAAUGCGAUUCUUCAAUGUAAGCUGUAGAUAUUAAAUGUUUGUGUUUUUGCUCUGAACCUGUUUUAUACUUUCUAUUCCUCCUGAUUUACUGUUAAUAGCACAACAAUAAACUUUUUGUUUUGUUUUAAUCUGUUAUUAGGGCUGGUUUUCCAGACCCAAAUGAAUCCUACUGGACUAGAAAGCAUGCUUGAUGGAGAAUCUCCAUGCCAUUGGAACUUAAUGUGUGUCUGUAGAAACUAUCCCAUAAAGUCGUAUAAGAUAAAACUCCCAAUACCUAGUUCUGUAGCGUUACGGGUCUUUUCUGUGUCAAUAACUAAUAAUUCCACUUCACUCCAGCUCAUUGGUUGUUCAUAAUGAUAUAACUGCUGUUUUACUAAACAUUGUGAUCACA